CUUACACUUCAUGCAAUUUCAUAUUUCAUAUUUGUUCGUAUAAAUAACUCUCUUAUGCAUCAUCUUAUUCAUUAAGUUCCUUUUAUCCUUUCCCUCUCAAACCCCUAAAUCAACCAAUCAAAGUUUCACAGAAUUAUCUUCUAUUAUUCAGGUAUGAAAAUAAUCUCAUUAUCCAUAUCCAUAGGUAUCGCAAUAAUUGCCGUUCUGGCAUCUAAAACUCUCUUUAAAACACAUCCUGAAGCUUUUGGUAUCAAAGCAAUAUCAUAUUCAUUCAAGAAAUCCUUAUGUGAUCACCAUCACCAUCAUCAUCAUCAUCAUCAUCACCACCACCGGCAUAAACCUUCGGAUACCAAAAGAAAGGUAUCAAUAUGCGACGAUUUCCCUAAAAAUAUACCUCCAUUGGACACCGACACAACAUCCUAUCUCUGCGUGGAUAAGAACGGUUGCUGCAAUUUCACGACGGUGCAAUCGGCCGUGGACGCAGUGGGGAAUUUCAGUCAAAGAAGGAACGUGAUUUGGAUAAACUCCGGCAUGUACUAUGAAAAAGUGGUGAUUCCGAAGACUAAACCAAACAUAACGUUGCAAGGACAAGGCUUCGACAUUACAGCCAUUGCGUGGAACGACACUGCCUACUCAGCUAAUGGCACAUUUUAUUGUGCCACGGUCCAAGUCUUUGGUUCUCAGUUCGUCGCUAAGAACAUCAGUUUCAUGAACGUGGCACCGAUACCAAAGCCAGGAGACGUAGGAGCUCAGGCGGUGGCAAUAAGAAUCGCCGGAGAUGAAUCAGCGUUUGUGGGAUGCGGUUUCUUCGGAGCACAAGACACUCUUCAUGACGAUAGAGGUCGUCAUUACUUCAAGGAUUGUUACAUUCAAGGAUCCAUUGAUUUCAUCUUCGGCAACGCUAAGUCUCUCUAUCAGGACUGUCGAAUAAUAUCAAUGGCUAAUCAAUUGAGCCCAGGUUCAAAAGCAGUUAACGGAGCCGUGACUGCAAAUGGGCGUAGCUCCAAGGACGAGAACAGUGGCUUCUCCUUCGUCAACUGCACAAUCGGUGGAACUGGUCACGUGUGGCUAGGUCGUGCAUGGCGGCCUUACUCACGUGUGGUUUUCGUUUCCACUACUAUGACCGAUGUUAUCGCACCCGAAGGCUGGAACAACUUCAACGAUCCCUCUAGGGACGCGACUAUAUUUUAUGGAGAGUAUAAUUGUUCGGGUCCAGGAGCAGAUAUGUCAAAGAGAGCACCAUAUGUUCAAAAACUUAAUGAGACUCAAGUUGCUCUAUUAAUUAACACGUCUUUUAUUGAUGGAGAUCAAUGGUUACAGUUUUCUGACCUUUAAAGGAAAUAUAUCAACCAAAACUCGUUGGAAUAUACUCUUUUUAUAUAUCUUGAAUCGGAACAUUAUGAUUGGAGAAAGUGCAAUUUUUACCAAUGAUUUAAACUGAAUCAUU